AAAACCAGAACAUAAGCUCUAGAGUCCAAGCGGGCAUGAAAAAUGGCUCCUCAAAGCCAGAUUGCUGUGCUUUGUGCCUUGUUUUGUAGUCUAGCAUUCAUCACUUGCGGAGCAGAAGGACAGAAUGGUGCUCAGCCAGAAGUGGCUAUUGCACUGGGACGGCUCAGAGGGAGACAAGCAAACGUGAAGGGGACAGACAGACUUGUAAAUGUUUUCCUUGGGAUUCCUUUCGCAAAACCACCUGUUGGGUCUUUGAGGUUUUCCCCACCUGAGCCACCGGAACCAUGGAAUGAUCUGAGAGAUGCAACGUCUUACCCACCAGUAUGUCCUCAAAAUCUGUCCCUGUUGAAAACAGCUGAGAGAAGCUUUAAAGAACGCCACCCUCCGUUCCGAACUUCUGAGGACUGUUUGUAUCUAAAUGUUUACAGCCCUGCUGGUUCAGCCAAGAAGGACAAGUUACCUGUAAUGGUGUGGAUCCACGGAGGCAGUUAUAUAUUUGGUGCUGCUUCUAGGUAUGACGGUUCUGCGCUGUCAGCCUACGAGAAUGUCGUGGUAGUAAUAAUUCAGUACAGACUUGGACUCCUUGGAUUCUUCAAUACUGGUGAUGAACAUGCUCGUGGGAACUGGGCUUUUUUGGAUCAAGUAGCAGCUCUGCGGUGGAUCCAAGAACAUAUCGAACACUUUGGUGGAGAUCCAGGAUCUGUCACACUCUUCGGUGUAUCUGCAGGAUCCUGCUCUGUUUUUGCACAUGUUUUAUCUCCUUUGUCUAAAGGUCUCUUUCAUAAAGCGAUAUCAGAGAGUGGAAUUCUAAUCCCUCGUGAUAAAGAUCUACUUUUUUCAACAGAUCUUAAGAAAGUUGCAAGUAUAUUUAAGUGUGAGACAAGCAGUUCACUCUCACUGAUUGACUGCUUAAGGAACCAGGAAGCAAAGGAUAUAGUCUUUAACAGUACGGACAUCCCAUUGGUACCCUUAGUUUUGGAUGGAGUAUUUCUUCAUAAGUCACCUGAAGAGAUACUGGCUGGAAAUGAAUUUAAUGCAGUCCCGUUUAUGAUAGGAGUCACCAACAAUGAGUUUGGCUGGACUAUCAGAUCUACAUCAACAAUACCAGGUUUGAGGGAAAUAGGAGAUAAGAAAUCAAUCAUUUCAACUUUAAAGUUUUUACUACCAAUGGCGGAUGUACCAUCAGAAUUUCUGCCUGCGAUAGUGGAUGAAUAUCUAGGGAACACAGAUGAUCCUGCUGAGCUACGGGACCGAUUUCUGGACUUGCUGGGGGAUGCAGGAAUUGUCAUGCCAUCCAUUAGAGCAUUGAAUUAUCACCGGGAGUCUGGAGCUCCUGCCUACUUCUUUGAGUAUCAGCAUCGGCCCACUUCUCAGCGGGACAGUAAACCAGAGUAUGUGAAAGCUGAUCACGGAGAUGAAGUCGGCUUUGUCUUUGGAGGACCGUAUCUGGCCGGUGAUAUUCAGCUGUGUGGUGAGGUUACAGAGGAAGAAAAGCAGCUCAGCAGAACUCUGAUGAAGUACUGGGCUAACUUUGCUCGCAAUGGAGACCCUAAUGGGGAAGGUUUGGUUGACUGGCCGUCCUAUAACCUAAAUGAAGAAUACUUACAGAUAAAUCUAAAACAAGAGAAAGCCAGAAAGUUGAAAGAAAAGAAGGUAGAAUUCUGGAGAAAAGUGAUGUUAGAAAAGACAAAUAACAGAAAAACGGAAAACAAGAAAGUUAAUUCAGAGUUAUAA